AUGGCCGAGGGGAAGGCGGGCGGCGCCGCUGGCCUCUUCGCCAAGCAGGUGCAGAAGAAGUUCAGCAGGGCCCAGGAGAAGGUGCUACAGAAGUUGGGGAAAACUGUGGAAACCAAAGAUGAGCGCUUUGAACAAAGUGCCAACAACUUCUACCAUCAGCAGACAGAAGGCUACAAGCUAUACAAAGACCUGAAGAACUUCCUCAAUGCAGUCAAAGUGAUGCAUGAGAGCUCAAAGAGAGUGUCGGAGACCUUGCAGGAGAUCUACAGCAGCGAGUGGGACGGUCACGAGGAGCUGAAGGCCAUCGUGGGGAAUAAUGAUCUCCUCUGGGAAGACUAUGAAGAGAAACUGGCUGACCAGGCUGUGAGGACCAUGGAAACCUAUGUAGCCCAGUUCAGCGAGAUUAAGGAGAGAAUCGCCAAGCGGGGUCGGAAACUGGUGGACUACGACAGUGCCCGACACCACCUGGAGGCUUUGCAAAACGCCAAGAAGAGAGAUGAGGCCAAGACUGCCAAGGCAGAAGAAGAAUUCAACAAGGCCCAGGUGGUGUUUGAAGAUUUGAACCAGGAACUCCUAGAGGAACUGCCCGUUCUUUAUAACAGUCGUAUUGGCUGUUACGUGACCAUCUUCCAGAACAUUUCCAACUUGAGGGAUGUCUUCUACAGGGAGAUGAGCAAGCUCAACCACAAUCUCUACGAGGUGAUGAGCAAACUGGAGAAGCAACAUUCCAGCAAAGUCUUUGUGGUGAAGGGACUCUCAAGUAACAGCAGGCGCUCUCUAGUCAUCUCCUCCCCAGUUCGAACAUCCACAGCGUCCAGCCCGCUCACCUCACCCACCAGCCCCUCUUCACUGUCCAUGAAGAGUGAGAGGGCGUCGGUCUCAGCAAGUGAAGAGGAACUGCCACCUGAUCCAGCCCAGGGAGAAGACAAGUCUGAGAGCAAAGAAAAGCCCUUCAAUGACGAGGGGAUAGAGGACAGAGGCUCUGAAGCAAGUUCCUCUGAGGAGGAAGAGCCACUGCCAGCCUGCAACGGCCCAGAACAGGCCCAGUCCUCUCCCGCCACUGAGGACGGCCAGCCCGGGGAGGAAGAGCCCCCUCGCUCCCCAGCACCAGCCCCAGGCGGACCGCUUCUGCCCUCAGAACCGCCUUCGUCUCUCCCAGAGGUAGUUCUCCGAGCCCGCACCUCAAGUGAAGGGUCUGAACAAUCGAAGAAGAAAUCCUCGAUCCAGAGGACCUCCGCACCGCCUUCUCGGCCCCCUCCACCCAGAGGCGCGCCCAGCCCCAGGCCCUCCUCAGGGAACAUAACCUCCAGCCCUCCAGCCUCUGAGCAGGGUUCACCCAGCGGCUCCACCGCAGUCUUGGAGACUGAGACUGCAAGUCCCAGGGCCUCCUUGGAAGCCUCUCCUGACCCACAGCCACCGGACAAGCCAGCAAGAGUUUCUGAGAGCAAAGAGGAGGAAAACACCAACGGGCUGAACCCAGAAGAGCCGUACACUUCCCCUACCUUGACCUCUCAGGUUUGUCCAGAAUCUGGCAAUACAGGAAGGAUGGACGACAACGAAGACGAUAGUGAGGUCUUCUCAGCCGACUCCCCUGAGAGCCAGAGUCUUCAGCCUCAUGUCUCUGCAAGCCCAGAGGAGAUCAGCGACACAGCACCUGGGCCUCAAGAAGAGAACAACAGCUCCUGCUCCCAAGAGGAGCGGUUACGCCUGUAA